CACUGUGAUUUCACCCCUUAUUGUGUCAGUGUAUGCCAAUUCAGAACUUGGAAUGGAAAAAGAACAGACUUAAAGAAAGGAGGAGCAAGGAGGAACACGUUGAUCCGCGUCUUUGGGUUACGCCAACGCGGUACGUUAAUGCGUAUCGCUGGUCAUAAUUAUUCGUGAAUCUUUUCUAUUCCUCGACAGCAAAAUCCAGAGUAGGGAAAAUCUCACCUGUUUUCACGGUGCAUACCAACGUCGAUCUGCCUGUCUCGUUUAUUAAGGAAUACGGCUAUGGCGUCGUCUGAUCAACCGAUCAACGUUGUUCCUGACUCGGCGAUUAACGUUACAGAAACACCGGAGAGCACAAAGGAAUUGGCAGAAUCAAAAAAGAAAGUUGCUAAUCAACAUUAUUCACAAAAACAGUACAAGAAAGCAUUGGUUGGUUACAAUGAAGUUAUUGCAUUGUGCCCUGAUAUAUCGCAUUACUACAGUAAUAGAGCAGCCUGUUACAUGAUGCUUGGGCAAUAUCGAGAUGCAUUGGCAGACGCUAAAAAAUGUAUUGAAUUGGAACCAACAUUUUCUAAAGCAUAUAUAAGAAUGAUCAAGUGUUGCUUGAUUUUGGGAGACAUUUUAGAAGCUGAGACAUCAUUAAAGAAAUUGAUGGAUUUUGAUUCUAAUAACGAGUCAAUAGCUGCUGAACAAAAAGACAUAGCAUAUGUAAAAAAAUUCCUUAAGGAUGCUGAUGCUGCUUACAAUGCCAAGGAUUAUCGCAUGGUUGUAUAUUGUAUGGAUCGUUGUUGUGAUAUAAGUACAUCUGGAACACGUUUUAAAUUGAUCAAAGCAGAAUGUCUGGCGCUUUUAGGAAGAUAUCAGGAAGCUCAAGAUAUUGCAAAUAAUGCUUUACACAUCGAUAAACAGAAUGCUGAAGCGUUAUAUAUUCGUGGAAUGUGUUUGUACUUUCAAGACGAUGUUGAUAGAGCUUUUACACAUUUCCAACAAGUACUGCGACUUGCACCAGAUCAUGAUAAAGCAUUGGAAAUAUACAAAAGAGCAAAAUGUUUGAAGAAGAAGAAAGAAGAAGGAAAUGCAGCAUUUAAAAGAGAACAAUAUCAAGAGGCUUAUAAUCUUUAUAAUGAAGCCUUAACUAUUGAUCCACACAAUAUUAUGACUAAUGCUAAGUUGCAUUUUAAUAAGGCAACAGCUGCAGCUAAGUUAGGAAAGUUAAAUGAAUCUGUAGCAGAAUACACAAAGGCUUUAAAUCUCAACGAAAAUUAUCUAAAAGCUCUUUCAAAAAGAGCGAAUAUUUAUAUGGAACUCGAAGAAUACGAAGAGGCAGUUUAUGAUCUUGAAAAAGCGUGUAAAAUGGAUAAGACUAAUCGCGAAACAAAACGAUUGCUCGGAAAAGCUAAAUUACUAUUGAGAAAAUCUAAAAGAAAAGAUUAUUAUAAGAUUUUAGGUAUUGACAAAAAUGCAUCUACCGAAGAUAUUAAGAAAGCUUAUAGGAAACGGGCUCUGGAUCACCAUCCAGAUCGUCAUGUUAACGCCAGUGAAGGGGAGAAAAGAGAACAAGAAAAAAAAUUUAAGGAAGUCGGAGAAGCUUAUGGGAUUCUCUCGGACCCCAAGAAACGAUCUCGCUAUGAUCGCGGUCAUGAUUUAGAUGAUAACGAGAGUGGUUUCCAAGAUAUGGAUCCAAAUGCAAUGUUCCACUUCUUCUGUGGUCAAGAUGGAGGCUUCCAAUUCCAGUUUCAAGAUGGAGGUUUCCCUAGUAGUGCUUUUCAGUUCCAGUUUCCAGGUUAACGAUAUUUUAAAAAAUAUGAUACAAUGUAUCCAACUGUACAUGGAAUUCGAUGGUAUGAUAUUCGUCUGUUUUUAGUAAAUACUGCAUCGAAUUAUUCGAAUAUUUAAGCGAUGCAACAUAGUAUCAUUUGCAUUUCGUAAUUUUGAAAUUGAUAAAUAUAGGUAUUUAUCCGAGCGCGCGAUUAACAUACAUAUUUAUUUAAAUACGACAUAAUCCCUACAUCACAAACUUGCAUAAAAGUUGCAGCAACACUGCUGCACUAUUGUAGCAACAUUGCAGCAAUAUCGCAGCGAUAUUGUUGCAAAUUCUGUAUGGGAAACUUGUAUAUAUAACAUGAUUCUAAUAUAUAUUAUGAUACGGUAGAUCUUCGAUUUAAUGAAUUGAUUAAGUGAAAAAACAUUAAGGUUAACGUCGUACAACACGCAAUUUCGAGAUUUGAGACACACUCGUACCUGACGAAACCUUUGUGAAUAGAUAAGCAAAUGUUCAUUAGAUUAAUAGAUGAAGCAUUCUUUUACUAACAAGUCUACUUUAUUUUUUGAAAUUUUAGGCUGUCUGUUAUCGCGUUGUAGAUAUUAUAUUAAUUAUUGAAAGAGAUUAGAUCUUUACUCUUUUAUUUAUUUUGAUAUUAGUCAUUGAAAUGCUUUUAAAAGUUCGUAAAAUCGAGGGUUUACUAUAUAAUUUCGCUAAUUGCAACAGAGUAUAAGUUUGAUGUAGAAUUAAUGAAAUAUUGCUCCAUAUGUAUAUUGUACUUCUAUUAGAUCUAUUUCUGUUUUUAUAUGAGACAGUCUCAAAGUGGCAUAAUUAAUAAAAAUUAUAAGCUAUAAUAAAAAUUCCAUAUAUUAUUCUACAAUGAUAAACACGCUUACAUCGUUUCCAAAUGUAAAAGUUUUAAGAAUAUAUUGUUUUAUAGAUCUAAUGUAUUCAUUCUAAAAAUUUUUCUACAAAUAUAUAAAUUAUUAGUGGCGAUGUAAACUUCAAUGAUAAAAAGGGGUAAGAUUUUGAAAUUAAUAUUCGUUUUCAAUUUCGAUCAUUUGCAUCGUGUACUUGUAUAUGUAUUAUGUAUGGUAUAUGAUAAAAAAUAAAAAUUUCCUCAUCUCAUAAUAUAAUCAUUAUAAUAAAUGUUUAAAUUUGCUAUUAUUUGUAGAUUCCAUUUUAUAGAUUGGAAUUUUUAUUUUCUUAGAUCUUUUUUAUGAAAUGAAAGAAUUUAGUCAUACACUCAUUCUUUCUCUCUCUCUCUCUCUCUCUCUCUCUCUCUCUCUCUCCCCCCUUCCCCCCUCUCUCUUUCUGAUUUAAUUUAAAGGAUUAUUUAAUAUUUUAUGACAACAUUAAAAAUCUGCCAAAAUAAAGUCUGCUUGGAUGAAAAAGAAAGUUUCCUUGUCGAUUUUAAUUUAGAUUUUAAGCUAGAUUUUAUAGUUUAAGCUAGAUUUUAAUAAUUUUUAAUAAUUCGUGUGAAUAAUAUAGUUUUUAAUGAUUCAUUUGUAAAUAAUAAUUCUACAUCAUUAUUACGAUUAUUGAUAUAUCAUCUAUCAUUGUUAAUAGUAAUUAAACAAUCCAGAAAAUCAAAUAAA